AUGGGAGCAGACGAAUCGGGCGACCUGAAUCUCAAGUUCUUGGAAAAGAGGGGCUCUCUUGUCACUGGCGUGAAGAAGCGCGCUAGGGUGGGGGGCUACAUCGACUGCGACACCUUCGUGAAGGAAUCGCGGACACAGAAGGACAUAGAAUGGCAGGAGGGCCAGUUGAUUGAACUCUGGGCCUUUGUAAAAGACGAGGAGCUGUGUUUCGCCAAGAACAAGGAGAAUGAGGAUCUUGUCACAUCGUACAUCAAGGAGAAUUACCACUACACGGUGAGGCUCAACAAGAAGAAGGUCAUGCGCGUUGACGUGCCAGCCACCAGCGACGACCGCUCCUACUAUAAGAGAGAGGUCUGCGACGAGAAGGGCGUGGAGCACGUCACGAAGCAUGGCGAGAAGCGGGAGGGCGAGGGCGGUUCCGGAGCAGCCAGCGCAGCGGGGGACUUCGAAGAGGCCCCCACGUCCGUCGUCAACGUGAAGCCCCCGAUGAAAGGCAACCUGAAGAACCAGCGAGGCGGCCCCGCGGCGCAGGCGAAAUUCGGCUACAACGAGCUCCACGGUCUGGUUGGCAAGCUGCACCGCGCUGCCAGGAAGUGCGGUGCGAUCGACGCUGAUCCGUGCAAGGAGGCUGCGCCCGAGGUCAGCACCGAGUUGUUCGACCUCGCCCAGGAGAAUGAGAUGGCGAGCCACGUGGUCAAGAACUUGAGGGCUUCAUUCUUAACGUAUGCGUCAGAACCGUUACCGCAGGGGCACAGCGACGUGAUUCGUGGAUGCCCCAACCAACUGCCCACGCAGAUCCUGACCUCAGGCACGAACACGGUGAUAAACAGCAGCAGCAGGAACAACCUUCAAAUUGCCUUGGGCCUGAUGACCUGCAAUGGUACGUGCUCGACGCUGAGCCUGAGCUUCCCGGGCGCUGAGAGCGCAUUGGCGUCGCAGCGAAGCCUCGCGUUCAGCCUUGCUGACAAAGUAUGGUGCAUGAACAAGCUCGAUGAUAUCAUUCAAACUGGGGGCGCGCUUCGCAAGCAUCUACCGACGCGGGCAUCCGUGCACGCGCUGAUCGGCGCGGACUCCACUGACGGCUUCUGCGCGCAGCCUGCGCUGGACCCCCACUGUUUGUCGGUCUGCUGCUCCGCGCUCAAGUGGGCCACGGCCGAAGGUACCCGUGUUGAGGACAGGGGGCCCCGCAUGCAAUGCGUCGCCCUGUUCCGCGAGCAGGGCCGCCUGAGCGCGCGCACGAUGACCCACUUCAGAGCAGUUUGCGGCGAUGCCACCUCGCAUGGGAAGACGGCCUGGGGCGCCGUGAAGACGUUCCACGACGAGUGCACCACGAUGGGGCAGUAUUGCGAGGAUAACGACAAGAAGCUCGAUGAGGUCGCGCGGUUCGUCGAGCGGCUCCAGGUCGAUGGGUUCAUUGACCAGGUCAAUGUGAUCAUCGGUCACUUCGCUGAGGGCGACUUCCACAUCGCGCGCAAGGAUGUCGGCAUUGCCUGGGGCGGCGCGCAGUCCGACAGGCAGGAGCUCGUGGAAACGAGGGUUGCACUAGUGAG